AUGAAAUCGGUGGAUAUGUCAAAAUUUGCUAGUACCAAGGAUAAACAAUCAGUUUUACAAUCAAGGGAAUCCUGUUUAGUAGAAUCAUCAACAAUUGAUAUCUUUGCAGAAAUGUCGCAUGUUUUUGAUGAAGAAUUUUCAACCUUGAAAAAAACUGUUUUCUCCGCCUCUUACAUGUUAAUUAAUUUUUGGUUUAUCCUGGGAUUAUUUCGUUUCGCUGUAUUCUUGAGUCAAUUGUAUAAACAGUUAGCCUUUCUAUUCCCUGGCGAUGAAACACUCAUCAGUCACUUGUUACAAGUAUCAUCAGCAUUUUCAAUGUGUGGAUUUUUUGCUGCACCGGUAUCUGGUCUUAUUAUUGACGUAUUUCUACGCUUAUCACGUAAUCAAGUGACAGAUAUGCUAAUAAAAGAUCGUAAAGGCUUGACAAAUAAGAAAAUGUAUUACACGUAUAUAUCUGGUUUAAUACCAGCGCUAACACUGACGGCGUUAUUUUCACUUCUCUUAAGUAUAAUGAUGUUUAUACCUAAUAAGAGUGCUAUUUAUGUGGCAUUUUUAUGCCUUGUAAUACUUAGAUCUUUGUUAUUCAGUUCAUUUGUUAGCUUUCUGUUAACUUGCUUUCCUAUACGUUAUUUUGGUACAUUGAAUGGGAUAUCUAGCACAGUGGCUGGUUUAUUUAGCCUGUUACAACAUGCACUUUUGCAUACAAGUGGAACAGUGGCUAAUUAUGUCUCAUUGGCUGUAUCAAUUGGUUUAUUUAUUCCACCAAUUAUAUUAUUCAAAUUAAAGCAUUGAUAUAUACAUAUAUAUGUAUACAAAGAUAUAUGGACCUAUAAAUAUAGACAUAUACAUAAAUGUAUUCUCACGAAGGAAAGCUUCGUAUAUGGAUUUGUUCCUAAUUUGAUGAGAUUUUCUGUGUGUAUCUGUGUGUGUUUAUGUGUGUUCAAGCUAUGCCUGUGCCUAUUCAUCUUUCAUCUUUUGUUUCAAUUAAAAUAAAUAAGAAACAUAUUAUACGUGUGUGUGUGUGUGUGAGUGUGUGUGAGUUUGAUUAUUUUUGCUCAAAACAAAAUUAUACUGUUGCGCAAUUAAUUAAUAAUUAAUUAGCAAGUUUUGUUUGUUUGUUUUUUUGUAUUCUUUGAUUUGAUUCCCUUCAAUUUGGCGCUUCAAAUGAAAAACAAACAAACAAACGAAAUGAUCAAACAAACAUAGGUCUUCAAGUGUUGAACUUUGAAGUGAAUAGGGUCAACAGUCGUGAAUGACCAACAACAAACACGGUUUUAUACAUUUAUUCCUCUUAAUGAAUUUUGAACAAAGCAAGAACAACAACAACAGUUGUUUGUCCAGAAUAAAGUGG